CCAUCAGGCAUCAGUUGAUCCGCAGCGCGCUCGACUAGACAUUUUACGUACGCGAGUCUAAUAUAUAAUAUUAUCAUCACUAGUUUCGUUUUACACGAUAUUUAUAUGGACAUUACACACAAAUUGUAAACCGAUUUUACAUUUGUGUAUCGAUUUAGUGGUUUGGUCGUCUGUGUCAUACUGUUGUUGUUUGUUUGUUGCUGCAGUCAUACUCACCAAUUCACCGAUUAUUUACAACGCAUGGGAAUAGAUAAAUCGACUGAAAUUUGUUGGCAAUUUGAACGGCGAAUGCGCACGCGACGAGGGCGGAACGGCUCGUACACCCUAAUAAUUGGUCGGGAAAAUCCGUCGAUUCCAUGGCAACCUAAUUUUCCCCGUGGCUUUUGUCAUGCACACGCGCACACACACGCCCUUUUUUUCGAAUCAACGUCGAAACUUGAAAGCUAUGACGACGUUCUUUCUAAGUCAAGUCGCCUCGACGAUGAUGCCUCCCCCACAGUGACAACGCUCAAUAUAUACAUCGAGUCGUAUUUACAUCCCAUACUGCCGCAGUGUUUAACCAAGCGAAGAAUUCACGGUGGCCCCCGUGACAACCGGCCGCGACUGUCGGUACAACAACCCGUGAACGGGCGAUGAAGUCAUGUUCCAAUGUUCGUCGACGAGCACAGUCGGCGCCAACGCAGGUGUCGUCUCCAGUGACACGCAAAACGGUUACCGCGGUCAUUACCAUCACGAUCGGAUAGUGUACGUGCCGUCGUCCAAGCCAAAUAUGUUCGGUCUUGCGCACCACCAGUACGGCGCACCACCGCCGCCACCGCCGCUGCCGCCGUCGCAACCGUCCACCGUUGUCGGCACCGCAGUCCAAGGCGCCACCACGCACAGCACGUGGCAGAGCGCAACGGCCCGGCCACAGGUCGGCAGCAGUCACCACGUCUCCGUCGCCGCCGCCGCCGCCGGUUCGCCGGCCAACAACAGCGGUGGCGGCAUUACCGCCGCCGGACACCCGAACGUCGUCCCGAUGUCGUCGUCACCGUCGUCGGCCACACCGCCGUUCUACCAGAACGCCGCCGCCGCCGCAGCCGCCGCGGCCAUCAUGUGGCCCAACCCCACGGCCACCGCAUUCCAGGCCCAUCACUACGACGCCGGAAUGGAUUUACAGUUCGGAGACGGUCGGGAGUGCGUCAACUGCGGUGCAAUCUCCACGCCGCUGUGGCGCCGCGACGGCACCGGACACUAUCUGUGCAAUGCUUGCGGGUUGUACCACAAAAUGAACGGCAUGAACAGACCGCUUGUCAAGCCUGCCAAAAGAUUGGUCGCCUUCGAGACCGCAUCCAAUAGACGCCUUGGUCUGUCAUGUACAAAUUGCGGCACCCGAAUGACCACCUUGUGGAGGAGAAACAACGACGGCGAGCCAGUGUGCAAUGCGUGCGGUCUGUAUUACAAACUACACGGAGUUAACAGGCCGCUGACGAUGAGAAAGGAUGGUAUCCAGACGAGAAAGAGGAAACCCAAGAAACAGCCUUCGUCGUCUUCCUCUUCUUCUAACGGCUCGUCUAACGUGGAGAACCACAGACAAUCCACUUCUGCGGCCAUAGAUCUAUUAGUGAAUAAACAUCAUACGACGGUGGAAAUCAAACACGAACACAGUUACGAUUCGGCGGCAGCUGCGACUGCCGCUGCAGUGGCCGCAGAACACUUCCUUUUCUCCGGCUCGGGGGGCAGCCAUCAUCAUCCCCAGUUGGGCGGCUUCAGUUUUCCGCUUCCUCAGGCUCCGGUGCCGGCACACAACUACCAACACCUGUUGAACGGACACGUCAACAAUAAACUGAUGGCGUCAUAGAAUCCGACCUGUGUAUAUAGACCGAAGUCUGAACAGCAUCCGCCGUUAUUGAAUUUUGUACAUAAUUAUAUAUAGUAUAGCCUAUCAUAAUAUUAUCAUAUUGAUAUUAUAUAAUAUAGUCAACAAGUUCGAUUUCUUGCGAUUUCUAGACUUAUUAAAAUACACACAAUAAUACUAACAAUAUUAAUAUUUUAUUAUAAUAUAUAUAUAUAUAUGAUAUAUAUACCUACUGCAACACCAUCAUUGUAUAACAUAAAAAUAUAUUAUAUAGGUAUAGUAAAAAAUCAUCAUAUAUAAUGAUACUGUAAAUUUAUCAUAAACGCGCACAUUUUUGGAACACUCAGUACAAAAUUGUAUCACGCUACCUUCCUAUAGAACUUUGUUUAAGACUAUAGUUAUUUGCUUAUCACGUCAAUCGUGUAACUACUUCUAUUGUGUUUAAAUUUUAUUGCGGUAAUUACCGUUCGUUCUAGUUUUGAGUCGACACCCAUUUAAAAUUUAAAUGGCAUCUACGACAAAAGAACUUUUGACGACUAUUUGUUUUAAAUUUUGUCUAGUCUUUUAUUUGUAUAUAAUAUAUACGCUAUAUAAGCAUUAAAAUUCACCGAUUUACUAAUUCGUUUAUAUUUUUUGUGCCCACAGUUUUCGUUCGACGCUUAAUACUCACGAAAUUAUUAUUAUCUGUUGAAAAUUGUACAUAUUAUUUUAUUAUCGGGACCUAGAUAAUACGUUUUUUUUCCAAAACAUUGGAAAUUAUAUUCUAGGCGUGUCCUCACUUUUAAAAUGCCAAAUUGCUAUUUUCCAUCAUGUACCUAUGUAAAUUUACUAUUAAUUUAUGUGUGUAAGACGUAAGUAUAUGUAUUGUAUAUACUUAAUGAAAUGUAAAGAAAACUAUUUUAUAAAUAUGGUAAUAUAUAUUUACGACUUAA